AUGCCUCUCAACAAAAUGAAUUGUGAUUUGGUGCGUGAGCGGUGGAACAAUGUGAGAAACAAUGUAAGGAAGAUGUUGGCACAAGGAGUCGAUGAUGAGUUCAAGAGUUUAACAACUGGGAAACCAUUCGAUGUGACGACGGUGAAGCAAGAUAUUGAACUCCUGGCACAAGUGGAUGCUCAUCAGCUUCUACGCCGAAUGGAGUCGAUCGUGCACGAGCAUGUGAUGGCGAUGAAAGUCGACUUGUGGACGCAUCUCAUCUCCAAUAAUAAAGAUGCCAAAGUUGAGGAAAUCGAUGAGCCGGGCAUCUUCGAAGUGACCACCCCGGAGCACACGAUCACCUUUCUCAAGCUUUUACUCGAAAAGUUCACUCAAAACCACCGCACCGUCAACAAUAUGUGUGCUUUGUUUAGUGAAAUGGAUCAACAUUUCACGCAAAUCGGCAUUAAUUGGAGGGUUUUGAAUCAUUAUUUGUUUGACUCGAUUAUCUACAAGGACGCCUUGAUGAAGAUUGAGCUCGAAGUUGUGGAAGAAGUCAUCGGCUGCGAUCUCCGUGGGAGUGUGCAUGACACAGCCGAACAAGAAGAGGAAAGAAGUUUGAAAGAAUACGGCAACAACAAUUUCUCUCAUCAACAACUCGCGAAAUCGUUUCGUCUUUUGCGUCGACUCAUGUUGACUUCAAGGGAAAUCUUCAAAAACGCUGAUGCGAAAGUAAAAGAAUACGCGAAAGAGGACUUCAAUUCGAAGUUGGGUCAAGAAGUCCAGAAGAGAAUCGUCGAAGACGAGGAGUUUUUCCUGUCUCAUCGUCGGUACCUUCGUUGGUUCUCGAAGAUUGUUCAAAGUCCAUCCGGGAGUUGUUGUCGAGCUUUUGAAGAAGCUUUUAGCAAAAGAUUUCAAUCCUCGGAAAACCCGGAAGAUCGCGAGGACGAUGAGGCGUUUCUUGGUCGUCUCAAUCAAAUGUUCGAUCGGGGAUUGAAUGUGCAAACUGUUUGUGCCGAAGAAAGUGAGCGCGAUUCAACGAAGAUCAAUUGUGAAGCUUGUGGAGAAGAGCGCUGUGGAUGUGAUUCUUGUCAACUUUCUCAUUUGAUCAUUUGUGGAAUACCGGCUGAUGAAUUGAAUCGUCGUCUAACACUCGAAGAACCAGGGAAUGCUCCUUCGCACAAAUGUGGGUCCGGGCUGUAUUUGCAUCGCUUCAUGACUCGUAACGAGCACAUGGCUAACGCGUACGGGAGCUGGGAUUUCGCGAAAUGGGGAGGCGCCGCUUCAUCGGAUGACGAAGAGGAUGAUGAUGUUGCGGUGAUGAACGCGAUUGAAGAGAUUGACAACAGCACACCAAACGCUAGAUUGGCGAAUGCUCCGAAAACGAUCCGCGAGCGCGAAGAUCAACUGAAACGAAAGCGACAAGAGAGGGAACUCGAGAAUUACCAUGAAAGAGAUCCAUCCACAAGCGGCUCGUCGAGUGACGAUGAUGAGGAAGAAGAAAUCGUUGCGGCUACGGAAGUACUACGACAAAACGAUCAGCAAGAUUCAAUGGCUGAUUCAUCAAAAUCAUUCGCGAACGAUGGUUGCAGAAAGUUGAACGAGCAACUACAAAAGGAUUUGGAGGAUUUGAAAAAUCCGAACAAGAACGGGGAAAAGGGAUUGAAGGACGAGAUUCCAUUUUGUUGUUUACCACACAGAAACACAUGGAGAAGAAAGCAUUGCAAGCAAGAGAAAGUGCGAAAACUGAUUUUUGAUUGCAACUGUCACGUCUAUCCAUACACAAAGAAUUUCGCCGAGUUGAAUCUCAAGUCGAGCAACGAUUUAAUAUUGAGUCAAGAGCGAUUCAAAGAAGCGUAUGAGGCUGAUGUGCUACAAGUUGGAUUCAUUCGUUACUCGAUCACUAGUUUAAUAGCUGGAUAUGCGCAUACGAUGAAAGAUUUCUAUGUGAGUUCGGAUCCGAAAUGGAGGAAAACGAUCGCGGAAAGGGUUUUGAAGGAGGCAGCUGAAGCAGCAAGACACUUUGGAGAUUUCUCAUACAAAGGGCAAAACGCGGAAGAGGCACCACCUGCAAAUGAAUACACCUACCAUGUGAGCCAAGUCCAAGAGAUGAUCAAGCAAAACAACAACUCGCACGCGUUCUGGGCAAAAAUCGAUGUCCGACAUGAAGAUCAAGUAUUCAUGAAAAGACUUGAGAACUUCGACUUGUCAGUGUUAACAGCAUUGCCCAGAAGAGGAAUCACUUUCUAUUUCCUUCGAUCGAUCUACCCUCUCGUCUUUGAGAUCAGAAAGCAAACAUAUAAGCUCGACUCCGUGACCUACUCGUCAGCAGAUGACUCAAGUCAAAACAAUAACUUCUUGGCUGAGCUUCACAAGUUGACAAUGUUGGAAUCGUUGUGGAUAGCGAUGGUUUUUGCGAGUACCGUUACUCUAAAGACUGAUAUGGAAUUCGAUUGUCUGCAACAAACAGCCAACCACAUGGCAGAGUACAUCGUGUUGACAAGGAUGAAUGAAGAAGAAGCAGUCUACGAGCCGGUCUCCCAUUUCUUGAACAUGUGCCUGAUAUUCCGAGUGUUGAUGAAAUGCAUGUUAACCUAUAAGGAUACGCUAGGAGAAGAGAGACCAAAGACGGAGGAGCAAGUUUGGGAGUACGCGAUUGACGAGAGUGGAUUGACAGAACAAGAUCAUCAACCCGAUUUCCGAAAUCCCCAUCACUUGAGCCAAUGGCAGAAGCGUUUGUUGAAGGAUGCUAAAAUCUCUCUACUAGAACUCUGCGAGGUGAGCGGCGACGUGGUGAAUGGCCUAAAACAACAAAAAGGAUUCGUAAAGAACAGACAGCAUCUGCAAGAGCAAAUCAUGUUAAGAACCCUCGUGCUCAAAACGACACAACUACAAAAACAUCUGGACGAAGAGAAAUCGGGCGUGAGUCAAAAGCGUUUGAAUCGUUUGCGGAAACUGCAAAAUAUGAAGCAAAAGGAGAACGAUCAGGAAUGGUGUCCGCAUCGAUGUGAAGAAAACCCGGCCACCUGCUGUGGGGAAACGGAAGAACGAGAGAAAGAUUUGGACGAAAUCGUUGCUGAUAUCGAGGGAGACACCAAGGCUCGUCAAGCGAAGAAAUUGAAGAAAAAACAAAAACAGCAAAUCCGUCAGCAACAACUUGAAGAGGAACGGAAAAAGAAAGACGCUGAACAAAAGGCACAAGAAGAAGCGGAUAAUCUGCGAAAAGAACAAGAAUUGAAAGAACAACAAGCAAGAGAUGAAGAAAAGAGAAAAGAAGACAGUCAACGACAACGAGAACGAGAUCGGGAGAUGAAGGAAAAAGGAGAAAAGGAGAAAAAGAAAAAGACGAAGAAAAAAGCGGUGAAAACGAAAGAUUCGUCACCGAUUGUGAUUGAGGAGCCGGUGUAUUCGGAAGGAGGACUCGUUUGGCAGAAGAGCACAACACCGCCACAGCCGGAACCUGUGAAGACACCAAAAGAAGUCAAGGAGAAGCGGCCAAAGAGAGCGAAGAAAACGCAGGAAGAUGAAAGUCUUGAUGAGGAUCGAGAUGGUCUUUCAUCGGUUUCCGUUUCUGAGACAGCCACUCCUUUACAUUAUGUGGACUCGCUUGGUGGACCGACUCACAUUGAGCCAAUCGAUGAAGAGGCACCAUGCUACAACUUUAUGGCAGUUGGACGAGAAUCGAUUCGAUCAACAGUGAUCCCACCGAGAACCCCGCCUUCAUCAGCCAUUCCGACAGGCCCAAUCACUCCAGCUCCAUCAUCUUCUGGAUCUCCUCACUCUGUUGAAGCGCCACCUGGCUUUGAACAACUUGGCAAUGCACAUCGAGCUGCUCAGGAGAGGAGAAGACCUGAGGCUUCUGGACUUCAAGCAGCUCUCGGAUCAGGAUCAAGUCUUUUAGAGCAAUGGCACAUGAUGAAUGCGGACAAUGCUGAGAUUUUGAGAUCUCUUCUCUCAACGCAAGCCGUGCAAAGUCAGAUCGGUGUGAGAAGAGCCAACCCAGCUCCAGCUGGACCAAAUUUCGUGCGACAACACUCAGCUCAUGGAUUUGGUCAAAAUGGUGGCCAAUCUGGAGACAAAUCUGCGGCUGGAAGAGCAAUCGUCGGAAAUCCGCCGGCAAUCCCCACUGAAAUCUCUCCGCCAAAGCCAACAGGACUCUUCGGUGAAGACAUCUUCGGCCGCUCGCUACCAAAUCAAGAUCAAUUCCGGCAAAUGAGCAAUGUCACUCCAUCAGAGUUCAAUAGCCUCAAGCAGAACGGGAAUCGUACAAACUUUGGUGCCAUGAAUUCAAACAGGCACAGUCUGAUUGAACCAAGCAUCUUCAGCGCUUUUGGUGACUUCUCGAAUAGUGGUGGACGGUUAUCUGUGCCGCCAGACAGCUCCCGUCAGACAUCAGAUACUCCCUUCAAAAUUGCAAGAACAUCGACGGAGAAUAUGUACGAGUCUGAUGAGAUGUUCAAGAGGUGCACGAUGGAUGUAUUCAAGAGUAUCUGGAGUGAUGCGCCGGAAGAGGCAAACAACAAGAGAUCGGAGGCACCAUCCGCUUCAAACGACCACACGAAUGCGUCGACGAGUCUAACCGGAAUGGAAUUCCUUCGUCACGCGGCUCUUUCCAAUCGCCCUGUUGCAGCCGAUGCUCCUUCUUCAUCAAAUGGCCCUUCAACAGCUUUCCGUUUCAAAUCCGAUGUCCAUUACGGAGCAAAUUACACGUCCAAGUUCGGCUAUCGUCAUUUC